AUGGCCACGGUCAUCCCCGGCCCCCUGAGCCUAGGCGAGGACUUCUACCGCGAGGCCAUUGAGCACUGCCGCAGUUACAACGCGCGCCUGUGCGCCGAGCGCAGCCUGCGCCUGCCCUUCCUCGACUCGCAGACCGGCGUGGCCCAGAACAACUGCUACAUCUGGAUGGAAAAGACCCACCGCGGCCCUGGUUUGGCCCCUGGACAGAUCUACACGUAUCCCGCGCGCUGUUGGAGAAAGAAACGGAGACUCAACAUCCUGGAGGACCCCAGACUCCGGCCCUGCGAGUACAAGAUCGACUGUGAGGCACCCCUGAAGAAGGAGGGUGGCCUCCCGGAAGGGCCAGUCCUUGAGGCGCUACUGUGUGCUGAGACCGGGGAGAAGAAGAUUGAGUUGAAAGAGGAGGAGACCAUUAUGGACUGCCAGAAACAGCAGCUGCUGGAGUUUCCACAUGAUCUCGAGGUGGAAGACUUGGAGGAUGACAUUCCCAGGAGGAAGAACAGGGCUAAAGGAAAGGCAUAUGGCAUCGGGGGUCUCCGGAAACGCCAGGACACCGCUUCCCUGGAGGACCGAGACAAGCCGUAUGUCUGUGAUAUCUGUGGGAAACGGUAUAAGAACCGGCCAGGGCUCAGCUACCACUACACCCACACCCACCUGGCUGAGGAGGAGGGGGAGGAGAACGCCGAGCGCCACGCCCUGCCCUUCCACCGGAAAAACAACCACAAACAGUUUUACAAAGAAUUGGCCUGGGUCCCUGAGGCACAGAGGAAACACACAGCCAAGAAGGCGCCCGACGGCACUGUCAUCCCCAACGGUUACUGUGACUUCUGCCUGGGUGGCUCCAAGAAGACGGGGUGUCCUGAGGACCUCAUCUCCUGUGCUGACUGUGGGCGAUCAGGACACCCCUCAUGUUUACAGUUUACGGUGAACAUGACGGCGGCCGUGCGGACCUACCGCUGGCAGUGCAUCGAGUGCAAGUCUUGCAGCCUGUGCGGCACCUCGGAGAACGACGGUGCCAGCUGGGCGGGUCUCACCCCCCAGGACCAGCUGCUGUUUUGUGACGACUGCGAUCGGGGUUACCACAUGUACUGCCUGAGCCCCCCCAUGGCGGAGCCCCCGGAAGGGAGCUGGAGUUGUCACCUCUGUCUUCGGCACCUGAAAGAGAAGGCCUCUGCUUACAUCACCCUCACCUAGGCCUGGCUCUGGCUCACCUGGACCUCUGGGGUGGUGCUUCCCGAUCUGCCUCUCUCGGAGCUCCUCCACGCUCUCCCGCCCUCAGUGCCCCACAGCGGGAGGGGGAGA